GCACAUCCGCCUUCCGACCCCACCCGAAGGCCCAAGCACCCUUCUCGUCAGGCUUGGAUAAGCAGCUCGAGCCUCGAGCACCUCCCACCCAAGCGGCCAUGGCCACCACCGCCAGCUCCCCGCUCUUCUCCCUCUCCUCCCUCUCCGCCUCCCUCCCUUCCUCAACCCGGCUCCCCGCCUCCCUCUCCCUCCGCGCCCUCGCUCCCCGGGCCUGCCUCUCGGCCUCCCUCCCAUUCGCCUCCCCCUUCGGUGGGCUCGGCUCCUGGGCGGCGCUGCCGACGUCUUCGUCGGGGAGGUGGAGGAAGCGGAGGCUGGAGGUGGUGUGCGAGGUCACGACGAGGCGGCGGCCGGACUCGGUCAAGAAGAGGGAGCGCCAGAACGACAGGCACCGCAUCCGCAACCACGCGCGCAAGGCCGAGAUGCGCACCAGGAUGAAGAAGGUCUUCAGAGCACUUGAAAAGCUUAGGAAGAAAGCUGAUGCCCAGCCUGAAGAAAUCAUUGAGAUAGAGAAAAUGAUCUCCGAGGCGUACAAAGCCAUCGACAAGACUGUCAAGGUUGGUGCCAUGCACAUGAACACUGGGAACCAUCGCAAGUCCAGACUGGCAAGGAGGAAGAAGGCCAUCGAGAUACUCCGUGGUUGGUAUCCAAAUGCUGAGGCAGCUGCUGCCGCCUAGUUUCUGGAGAAAUUAUCAUCAUGGAUUUGUGGCAGCUUCGUUUUCAUCAAAUCUCACCAAUUUUGGACAGCAUAUGUUACUUACGGAGCUCAAUAGCUUGCCAAGUUCUCCAUUUCAAGUGGUCUGUUUAUACCUUGUACCAUCUUCUAUGUUUAUGUGCUUGCUCUGCACUAGAUGCCUCGACUAGAGUUGGCCAGUUCUCCCCUGUUUCUGUUGCUCACAGCGAUGUUGUAGAACUUCAGAACGGAAAUUUGAAAUAUAUGUCCUAUUGCGUA